ACGGGCGCCCUCGUCCACACGCUCGCGGGCCACGACCGCGACGUCACGGGCUGCGCCUUCUCCGGCGACGGGUCCGUCAUCGUGACGUCGAGCGGCGACAAGACCGCGCGCGUCUGGGACGCGGCGACCGGCGCCGAGCGGAAGGUCCUCGCGGGCCACACGCACUGGUUCGUGACGUCGGUGUCCUUCGCCGCGGACGGCGCGACGGUCGCGACGGGCCACUGCGAGAACAAGGCGGAGCUCUGGGACGUCGCCACGGGCGCCAAGCUCGGCGUCCUCGAGGGCCACGCCGCGCGCGUCUGCGGCGUGAGCUUCUCGGGCGGAAACACGGUCGCGACGUGCGGCUACGACCACGUCGUCCGCGUCUGGGACUCCCGGACGUUCGAGCAGGUCGCCGUCCUCGGCGAGGAGGGCGAGGGCUACGCCGCCUGGGUGCCCUGCUGCGCCCUCGCCGACGACGGCGCCUCGGUGCUCGCGGGGGGGCAGUUCGGCGAGCUGACGCUCUGGGACGUGAAGACGCAAACGAUAACGGCGUCCAUCACCGCGGGGCACAAAAAGCGCGUCAACGGCGUCGCCCUCGCCGCCAACGGCAAGACGUGCGCCGCGGGGAGCGGCGACUGUACC